CUUUGCCGACCUCGUGCUUUCUACUGCCAAUCAUCUCAUUUCCCCACCUGGUUGUCGGCUCGUCUACCAAUCGAACAAUUGACCUUGUCAACUAUCUCGAUGAGCUACUUAUCAGCUCCUCGGUCAAACCCGUCGAUGCCAUUGUUUAUAUAGCCCAGACCGAUUCACCUAAGUUGUCUACAAUCAUUGAUCUACCGCGUUGAGCAAUACUAGCCACCAUGGAAUACACCAAACAACCCUGCCUUCAAUCCCUCGGCCAACACGGCUAUAUUCAAGGCGUGACCCUUCAUGAAAAAGCCACCAAGAAACCCUUCUGCCACUACUUCGGCGGGGUUCGCUAUGCCCACCCACCCCCGGAACGCUGGCGCAUGGCUCGAAAGCUGUCCCCUUCUUACUCGUACGGCUCCAAAGAGCAACCUGGACCUGGAGACGGACGUACAGGGAUCUGCCCGCAGCCUCGCUUCUUGGAUGCGGUCUCGGAGGAGAGCUGGACGGAGGACUGUUUCCAGUGCAAUAUAUGGAUUCCUAUCGGAGAUGCGCCCAAGAACGGCUGGCCCGUCCUCUUCUUCAUCCACGGCGGUUUCCUCCAGUUCGGCGACCCCAAUGCAUUUUCCGCCGCCGCUCUUCUGGGCGACGCCCAAUUGGACGCCAUUGUCAUCCUACCAGCCUACCGCCUGAAUGUGUUCGGUUUCCUCUAUUCCUCCGAGCUGGAGCAAGACGCAGCCGCUGUGAAUGAAAAUGUCGGCAACCACGGCUUCUGGGACCAACGCCUGGCCCUUGAAUGGACACGAGAUCACAUCCAUCUCUUCGGGGGCAAUGCCUCGGAGAUCACAGUAGCAGGAUACUCAGCAGGCGCCUACUCAACCUUCUACCAACUCACCCACGACCUCACCCUCCCACCCGACCAAUCCAUUAUCAAACGCGUCUGUAUCUGGUCCAACAGCCCCGUCGCGCAGCCUAAACUACCCACCACCGCCCAAACCCAGUUCACCGAACUCCUCACCCACCUCUCCAUCCCCCUCACCCUGGCUCCGGACGAGAAACUCCGGCGCCUGCGCGCCCUCCCGGCCCAACACCUCCUCCAAGCCGCCAUGUCCCUGCCCGCCCACAACCAAUUCCGCCCCACCACCGACGGCACCUUCAUCCGCUCGAACCUCUUCGCCUCCCUGGACGAUGGCACGCUGGCCCGCCGCAUUCGCGCGCGCGACAUCCGCAUCCUCUGCGGCGAGUGCCGCGACGAACGCAACCUGUACGCCACCUGGUUCCCGCCCCGGGAGGACUCUCUCCCCGCCCUGCGGGACCGGUUGCUCGCCGAGUACCCGCAGCCCUUGGUGGAGACCCUGCUGAAAUUGUACUACCCCACUGGGGAGCUGCCCCCCGGGGUCGAGAACUGGCGCACCGAUGCCUUUGGCCGGGUCUAUGCCGAUAUGCAGGUGCAUAAGAUGCAGAGGGGGUUAGUGGAUGCGUUGACGGCCCCGAUGACGGCGGCAGCGGUGCAGGGGCGGCCCCCAGCGGUAACUGCCACAGGCGGAGCGGUGGCGGGAACGACACCACCGACCUCCGGCAGCUGUCACACCGACGACAGUCAUGGACAUGGUCAAGAAGACGAUGAGAACCUAGUCUAUCGGUACCGCAUCGAGUAUCGACUCAAGUGCGCCGAUAAGUCCAUUCCUCCCAGUUGGGGCGUGACCCACGCCACCGAUCAGUAUAUCUGGUUCUGGGGUAACGGGGAGCGGCUCGAGCGCGAGGAGAAAUCGGUGGUCUGGACCGCGUUGGUCGAGCCCCUGAAAAAGUUCGUCCAUGGUGACCGGGGGCUGCAGUGGGGCACCAAGGGCCAUAAGCAGCUACGGACCCUGAUGCCCGAUGGCUCCGUCCAGAUCAAGGAAGAUGUCUUCUGGGAUGAAGCAAUGAGGGUCUGGAAGGCCCUGCGGGAGAUCGGCGAGCCGGACAGUGCUUCGGUUGCCAGACUAUAGCUUGGUGAUUCCAGCCCAUCUCCCCACCUUUGGGUACUGGAGAGAUUAUUCGGUAUAUAUGGCCCUCUGGAUAGGUGCCACGGAUUUGAGCGUGUUUUGAAUGAUGUUAUGUGCAUACUUACGUGAAUCUAUUGGCGGG